UUCUGCACCAUGAGGGUGCUGGAACACAGCAACAGGUUGCCCAGGGAGGUAGUUGAGGCCUCAUCCCUGGAGACAUUGAAGUUCAGGCUCUCAAGGCUCUGAGCAGCCUGCUCUAGUGGAGGAUGUCCCUGCUGAGUGCAGGGCAGGGCUUGGACUGGGUGACCUUUGGAGAUCCCCUCCAACCCAAACCAUUCUCUGACUGCAUGCUGUGCAGUUCUCAGCUGCUCACUGCCAGCCUUGGUGGCAAUCAGCCAGGCAGAGGGGCAGUGUUGGACACACAGGUUUUGCUUGUUCUUUCCAGAGCAAAUUGCACAGCUGGCUGCUAACCUGAGGAAGCCCCUGGCUCCUGGGAUGACAGGGCGGCCUGGCCCAGCUGGGCCCCCAGGGCCGCCUGGAGCUGCAGGCAGCGUUGGGCAUCCUGGGCCUCGUGGUCCUCCUGGAUACAGAGGGCCAACAGGAGAACUGGGUGACCCUGGCCCCAGAGGUGACACUGGAGAAAAGGGAGAUAAAGGACCUGUUGGCCAAGGUAUUGAUGGGCCUGAUGGUGAUCAAGGACUUCAAGGGCCACCAGGUGUACCUGGCAUUACUAAGAAUGGUCGAGAUGGUGCCCAGGGUGAGCCUGGCCUUCCAGGGGAUCCUGGUACCCCUGGUGCCGUUGGGGCUCAGGGAACCCCAGGGAUCUGCGACACGUCGGCCUGCAUGGGAGCGGUGGGAGCGUCGACUUCCAAAAAGUCAUAGAGCAAGAGCAGGAGAGGAGAAGUGACUGAGUAUUUAAACAGAGAGUGCUUUGUAAGGGAACAGACAGAAUCCUCCUAGUGAUAAAUGGACAGAUGUUCCUUCUGUCCUAUUCAGUGGAGACAUUGACACAGUUCUAGGAAAAAGAAAGCAUCAGCUGAAAGCUUUUAAUGAGAGAUGCUUUACUUUCUCCACCCCCAGUUACUUUCACUGCUAAACAACCUCACCUUCCCUCCCUCCCUUUGUCCAAGAGACCUGCAAGAGGCAGCCCUGUUCCUUUCUGCCCUCAGUCCCCCCCUAACUGUGUACUAAAGAUCACAACUUGUCUGGAUAAACCUUUGGGCCUCGUGGGUUGAAUCCCUCGGUGCUGCUGGCACUGACCUCAGCCACGCUGGCCUGUGCACUACGAUCGGUGCUC